UUAAAUUGAAUUAAUUUAUACAAAAAUGAAACACAUAAUUCGAAAUUACAGUGAAAUCUACCCACACAGUACUGUAAAAAUCUAUCGAAAAUCUAAUCCUCCACUGCCACCUUCCCCAAAGCCCUCAAAACCAUCAAAAGAUGCCAUACCUCAGAAACCACCACAACCAUUGGAACCAACAACUUCGCCGGUUUCUCCCGAAUACCGAGAAAAUCCAAUGAAAGUACAAAUGUUAUCUGAAAAUCUAUAUAAACAAGUCUUUGGAAAAGAUCUCAUAACAAUUCCCGAUAAGACUUUGGUAAGUAAAUGUAUCAAAGAAUUGGCCAAACACGGAAUUGACAUUGGAACAAAUACAAAAAUGAAAGAUGUUCAACUCAAAUUACCUCCUUUGAGGGGUCAAAAUAUUGAAGAACACUUUAUGACAAUUGGCAAAGAACAAUCUGAACCUUAUCGUCUUUUAAUUCAGUCAUUAUUGAAAAACCAUGUAGAACCUCCUAAAAAAUGGGUCAUGAAACCCGGUUGGACUUGUUAUAAAGAAAAUGGACCUAUCCAAGUCCCAUUUCCUGAGGAAGCAGGUUUAAUAUUCGAUGUUGAAGUCUGUGUGACUUCCGGUCCAGUUCCAACUAUGGCCACUGCCGUUGGCAACAAGUAUUUCUAUUCUUGGGUUAGUCCUCAUUUAAUAAAUCCUAAUAUUUCCCCUAACGAUAGUCGAAAGUAUAGUUUAGAUGAGUUGAUUCCUUUGGGUAAUGUUCAACUCAUCGUAGGACACAAUGUUUCCUACGAUCGAGCUAGAAUCCGGGAGCAAUAUCUAAUCCAAGAUACUGGAACUCGAUUCCUUGACACAAUGUCUCUUCAUGUUUGUGUCAGUGGAGUCACCAGUUAUCAGAGGGCAAUAAUGAAGUCCAAAAAGGAGGUCUCUGAAGAAGAUCUCGAAUGGACAGCUCAGAGUUCUUUGAAUAGCUUGGCUGAAGUACAUCGUUUGUAUUGUGGCCAAGAAUUAGCCAAAGAAGCUAGACAGACUUUUGUCACAGGAAGUCUUCAAGAUGUCAAAGAUGACUUUCAAAAUUUAAUGAACUAUUGUUCCUCAGAUGUUCUGGCUACAAAGAAUGUCCUCAAAGAACUAUAUCCAAUGUUUUGUGAGAGGUUUCCACAUCCGGUUACUUUGGCAGGAAUGUUGGAACUGGGAUCUGCUUAUUUGCCAGUUAAUUCCAAUUGGAAUCGUUACAUUGAAGAGUGUAAUUUGACCUAUGAAGAUUUGGACAUUGAAUCCAAGUAUCAUUUGUCCAAAAGAGCUGAUGCGGCAUGUCAAUUGAUGAAUGAUGACAAAUACAAACAAGAUUUAUGGAUGUGGAAUGAGGAUUGGAGUACACAAUCCAUCAAAAUGAAGAAGGCUCCAAUAAGGAAGAAAAAAGUCAUCUCAGAAGAGAAUGAAAAUCUAGAAGAAACUGAACUCGAUCCAUUGGAAAAGAAGUUCCAAUAUCUUUAUGAUACCAAAAGUCUUCUGCCAGCUCGCCGGCCACUUUUGCCAGGCUAUCCAGCUUGGUAUCGAAAAAUAUGCUCAAAACCGAAUUUGAAUGACACAACAGAAGAAUGGUCACCAGGAGCUAAUCAAAUUGGCACUGGAAUGCAAAUAGCUCCGAAGUUGCUUUCACUCUGUUGGGAGGGUUAUCCUCUUCAUUAUAUUCGAGAACAGGGUUGGGGUUUCUUGAUCCCAUUUCGAGAGUCUCAUCCUGAGGGUGUGGAUUCCAAAAACAUCCCAAUUGAAGGUUUAGUUGAAAAAUGUCCGGUAAUGAGUUUUGUGGACAGUGAGGCCAGUGCUGAUGAAAGUGCUGAAGCAUUUGCGAAUCUUUGGAAAGAUGUGGAAUCAAAUAUAAGUAAAAAAGAUUAUUAUACCAAAAAGAGGAAAGAUAAGACUGCUGGGAAAUAUGAAGGAACUGGGGUAUGGUGUAAUCAGACUUUGGAAGAUUGUUGUUGGUUUUUGAAGCUUCCUCAUAAAAACGGUAGAUCGUUUAGAGUUGGAAAUCCUCUGGCAAAGGAUUUUCUUAAUAAAUUCUCAGAUAACGUUUUGACUGGAGAUGGAGAUAAAUCUGCUGAGCGAGUGAUUGAUAUCGCCAGGAUGCUUUCCUACUGGAGGAACAAUCGGGAUAGAAUCAUGGGUCAGCUUGUUUGUUGGUUGCCUAGAGAAAGUCUUCCAUCGGACUUGCAAACCGAAGAAAGGGAAUAUGGAGCGAUUAUACCACAGGUUGUGGUUUGUGGAACAUUGACUCGACGAGCUAUGGAACCCACAUGGAUGACGGCUAGUAAUGCCCAGCGAGAGCGAGUUGGUUCAGAGUUGAGAUCGAUGAUUCAAGCUCCUCAGGGGUAUAGAAUUGUCGGAGCUGAUGUAGAUUCUCAAGAGUUGUGGAUAGCAUCGGUGUUGGGAGAUGCACAUGCGACUGGGAUGCAUGGAGCAACUCCAUUUGGAUGGAUGACAUUAAGCGGAUCGAAGGGAAAUGGAACGGAUAUGCAUUCAGUGACGGCAGAAGCAGUGGGAAUUUCAAGAGAUCAUGCAAAGGUUAUAAAUUACGCCAGGAUCUAUGGAGCGGGACAAAAUUUCGCUGAGAGACUUUUAAAACAGUUUAAUCCAACUUUUUCGGAAGCCGAAGCAAGAUCAAAGGCGAAGAAGAUGUUUAGUUUGACAAAAGGAAAGAAGACUUAUCGAAUGCUUGAGGAGUUUAAAGACGAGGAGGAUGAUUAUAAUGACAGAGACUUUUCUGCUUAUGAAGCCAUUGGAAUGGCUCGAACUACAAACAAAUCAGUUCCUGAAUUGUUUUCCAAAUCCCGCUGGCAAGGUGGAACAGAAAGUGCGAUGUUUAAUCGCCUGGAAGAUAUCUCUUCACAGGACCAUCCAGUGACACCUUUUCUCAAUUGUCGACUUAGUCGAGCUUUAGAACCGAAAGAUGGUGUUGAUGAUCGGUUUUUGCCGACUCGUGUGAAUUGGGUUGUUCAAAGUGGAGCUGUAGAUUUUUUGCAUCUUAUGUUAGUUUCAAUGAGAUGGUUAAUGGGGAAUAAUGUUCGAUUUUGUCUUAGUUUUCAUGAUGAACUGAGAUAUUUAGUAAGAGAAGAUUUGGCUUACAAGGCGGCUUUAGCGAUGCAUGCAACUAAUUUGUUGACACGAUCAUUUUGUGUUCAUAGAAUUGGUUUGAAGGAUUUGCCAAUGUCGGUUGCAUUUUUCUCAGCGGUGGAAGUUGAUCAAGUUUUGAGGAAAGAAAGUAGUAUGGAUGGUAAGACGCCAUCAAAUCCACAUGGUCUUACAAAUGGUUAUGGUAUUCCUUUGGGAGAGAGUUUGGAUGUGUACAAGACAAUUGAAAAAGCAGGUGGGAGUGAUAUGUCGCAAUGGGAAUGGCAUAAAGGGAAGGAAGAUAAGUGAUGUUAUGUAAAAGAAGGAAUAGUUAUUAAGGAAAAGUCAAUAAAAAUUUGUUUACUUUUGUUAAA